GAUCCCACAAUCCCAGCCACUUGCAGUUGGCGGAAUGUGUCAGUCGUGUGAAGAAUGCUUCAUGUAGUGGUGCACGGUUAGAAAUCGCCUAUGUCGAUAACUUUUAGCGUUUGUUUGGAUUUAAUGUUGGAAUUAAACUAAACUGAACAUGUCGCUAUUAAAAGUGCACGUUAUAAGCGCGUCAAAUGUGCCGAAUGUUGAAAAGUUGGGAGAAAGUGAUCCAUACACCACGAUUACUUUUCAAGGCCAGUCCAAAAAGACUCAGGUCAUAAAGUCUUCACUCAACCCCAAAUGGGACGAGACAAUAGAGUUUGACCUGACUGGAGUGACCUUCACGGGAAAUGACCAGCUAGAGGUCAUAGUCAAGGAUUGGGAACGAGUGGGACGAAAUAGACUGCUUGGUACAGCCAAAGUUCCGUUGGUGGAGAUAGCUAAUGGCGGCAGUAAAGAUGUGGACACUAUCCUGUUUGAUGGCAAUGGGCAACCUCUACCACAGACAAAGAUCAAGAUGAAGAUUACCUACACUCCCCCUGCCGGCGCUAAGCCUGCGCCUGGAACGCCUGCUACUGCAGCUGCUGCUGGUGGCGCUGGUGAUGCGAGUCAAGGUGAAGUGGUCACAGUGGAUGGCGGAGUGGAAGAGGAGGAGGAAGAAGAAGAAGAGGAAGCAGAUGCCGGUCCCCCAGAGAUUGACCCGGCAACUGGGCAACCAAAACCACGACCUAAGAAGAAAAAGAAGAUGGGAAAACGACGCUUCCGUGGAAAACUGUCAAACAAACCACAAGAUUUUCAGAUCCGUGUGAAGGUCAUUGAAGGCCGUCAGAUCGAGGGCUCCAACAUUCAGCCUAUCUGCAAGGUCACCUGCUACAACCAGUCAAAGCGGACUCGAGUGAAGAAGUCCACAAACUCCCCGUACUGGGACGAGACGUUCUUCUUCAACUUCAAGGCCUCGCCUGCGGAGCUGUUUGACGAAGUGCUUGAGUUUGAGAUAUUCAAUUCUAGGAAUCUUAGAUCUGAUGCUUUCAUUGGGUCUUUUAAGAUGGACAUAGGUAUGGUAUGGGAGCAGACCAACCACACGUUCUCCAAUAAGUGGCUGCUCCUAAGUGACCCAGAUGACACGAUGGCCGGUGCUAAAGGGUACCUCAAGUUCAGUGCCCUGGUGCUUGGGCCAGGGGACACCCCUCAGUCCAUGGCUACCACCACUGUUGAUUCAGAUGACAUUGAAAGCAAUCUGCUGCGUCCGGCAGGUGUCCAGUUGAGACCAGCAACAUUUGCACUCAAUGUGUAUAGAUGUGAGGACAUACCUAGAAUGGACACAGCCUUCUUGCAAGGGGUCAAGAAACUCUUCCAUGUUGGUCAGGAACAGAAAGAACUUGUUGAUCCAUACUUCCUCAUGAACUUUGCUGGCAAGGAGGUCCAGACUAAGAUCAUGUAUUGCAAUGACCAUCCAGAGUUCAAUCAGACCUUGAGAAUAGGUCUUCAGUUUCCAUCGAUGUGUGAGAAGAUCAAACUGACCAUGAAAGACUGGGACAGAAUUACAGAAGAUGAUUACAUUUCAUCGUCAUUUCUCCCAGUCUCCAAUAUAUCAGCUCUUGGAGAGGAUGGAUUUCUGCCGACAUUUGGUCCAUGCUUUGUGAACUUCUAUGGUUCUCCACGUGAGUUUUCUGAACUGCCGAAUGAGUAUGAAGACCUCAACAUGGGCAAGGGCGAGGGUGUGGCAUUCCGUGGUCGCGCUAUGAUUGAGCUGAAGACUAUUGGUGGAGAGCUGCCUGAAGUACCAGUAGAGGAUAUCAAACCUGAGGAUGUACUCAAAGUACAGAAAUUCAUGCGUAAGAGGAAGUUCAGGCUCCACGCUGCGUUCAUCAACGCCACGAUGGUCAGUACCAUCGACGCACCGGUAGAGUUUGAGGUCAGCCAAGGUAACUAUGGUAACAAACUUGAUGACUACAUCGCCCCAUGUGCGUCAAGCACCCAGCCGACUAAUGCAGUGUUUGACGGCAACAACUACUACUUCCUGCCUUGGGGGGCCACCAAGCCCUGUGUGGAGGUAGACGCUCACUGGGAGGACAUCAGCUGGAGGCUCGAGACUCUCAACCUGUUUGAAGGAAUCAUCAGUGCAUUGGAAGAGAACAUAGAGGAGGUACGUGUGGGGAUGAAGGCCAAGCUGCCCACCCCGGAACUGGCCCAACUCCUCAUAUCAGCACUGGACCAGCUGGUGGAAGACACCAAGAAGCCCCUGCCCCAGCCCCAGACUGGCUUCCACUUGCCUACAGAGCUCGACAACAUGCUGGCCCAGUACCGGCAGAUAGAGCUGGAGAACCUUCAGGAGCAGGCCACGCACCUGCGGGAGAAUGCAACCGACAUCAACGAUGCACUGGCUGAGGUGGAGAACUUUGUGGAGAUACUCAGAAAUCUGGCGGUAGAGCCCCAGAACAGCAUGCCUGACGUGAUUGUGUGGAUGAUCAGCGGGGAGAGGCGCAUCGCGUAUUACCGCCUACCUGCUCACACCAUCAUGUACUCCCCCAAUCCCAUGUAUUGUGGCAGGAACUGCGGCAAGCUGCAGUCACUGCAGAUGAAAUACCCGGGCCAGAAAGGUGAGAAGGACCCCACGGUGCCUGGGCUCUUGAGGGUCAAGUUGUGGCUGGGACUACAGAGUAAUGAGGAUCACUGGCAGGUCAUGCAGAAGGAGGGAGAGCUCGCAGUUUUUGCUGAAACUUAUGAGAACCAGGUGAGCAUCCUUGGUAACUGGACCAACAAGGGCCCGUUAAUGACGCGGCCAAAGUUCUCAGAUCAGCAGGGCAAGAUCAAGCUGCUGAAGGAGAAGUUUGUACCUCCCCCUGGCUGGAGGUGGGAGGGAGAAUGGUACAUCAACCCUGAGCUCAGUAUGCUGUAUGACAAGGAUGCGGGUCACAGUAAGUUCAUAGACGACGUUUACGAGUGUCAGAUGAGACUGCCUGGCACCAACUGGGUGGAGUCCACCAGGCCUUGGUCCAAUGUGAAAGGGGACCCAAGCCCGUCCAAGGGUGAGAUGGAGCUGCCCGCAGGCUGGGUGUGGGAAGACGAGUGGCAGAUUGACCUGGGAAGGGCCGUAGAUGAGGAUGGGUUUGAGUAUUGCGUGGAGUCCACUAUGGGUGGAUGGGGGCCCGCUGAGAGACGCUACCACCUGUGUCGCCGCCGUCGAUGGGUGCGCUCACGCCGUCUCGUGGAGAAUGUGAAGCAGAAGAAAGAGAAGGAGAAGACACUUCAGGCAGCCACGGAGGGCUGGGAGUAUGCUCCCUUGUUCAACAUGAAGUUCCACCACAUCGAACGUAGGAUGGACCUGGUGCGCAGGCGGCGCUGGCAUCGCAAGAUGGUGCAGACAGAGAAAGGGAAGCCGUGCUUCUUCAGCAUGCAAGAGAAAGAGAACAGUGAUGAUGAGGAUGAGGAGUCACAACUUGCUGCACCGCGCAUGUUCAUCGUAUUCAAACAGAGCUACAAAUACCAGUUGCGGGCAUACAUCUACCAGGCUCGGGACAUCUUGGCGAUGGACGACAGUGGCACAUCAGACCCGUACGCCCACGUCUCAUUCCUCACGCAGUCCCAGCGCACAGAAAACAUCAAGAAGAGCCUGUGCCCCACUUGGGACCAGACCCUGAUCUUUGGAGAGAUUGAGAUCCAUGGUGACCCCAGAAAUAUUGAGGCUCAGCCCCCAGAUAUCUACAUAGAGCUCUUUGACCACGACACUUUUGGUGAGCCAGAGUUUCUGGGGCGCGCCAGAGCGCACCCGAUGGUGAAGCUGGACCCAAGUGAUGCGCGGUCACCGGUCCUCCAGUGGUACGAGAUCACCCGUGGCAAGGAUCAGGGGGGAGAACUCCUAGCAGCAUUUGAACUCUUCCUUAUGAGUGGUAAGGACCUGCCGUUCAUGCCCCCCAAGCGAGGCAGCCUGUACUCUGUGCCUAAUGGGAUCAGACCAGUCAUGCAGCGCACUGCCAUUGAGGUGUUAUGCUGGGGCGUGCGCAACAUGAAGAGUUACCAGCUGUCCUCUGUGACCUCCCCUAGUAUCGAGUUUGAGGUGUCCGGUAAUGUCGUGCAGUCAGAUGUCAUCAAGAGCACCAAGAGGAACCCCAACUUCACCUCACCCAGCUACUUCUUUGAUGUGAUGCUGCCCAAGGAGGAGCUGUACAUGCCGCCCAUGAACAUCCGUGUACGCGACCAUCGCCAGUUUGGUCGCAAGCCCAUUGUGGGACUGCACGUGCUCAAGUCACUGGAAAAGUUCCGCAUUGAUCCGGUCAUGCAGGGGGAUGGCGACAGAGAUGAGGGGGGUAGAGGUAUUGUUAAUGGCCCAGGUGGGGAACAUGUAGUGGACAUGCCAGUGGACGCCGAUCAGCCUCUCCAACCCAAGAUAUUUGGCAGUAUUAAUUACUCAUAUCCCCAAGAAGAGCUUCCUAGUCUCAGGCCACUGACUAAACCUUCCCGUGAGACGGAGGUGGACUAUGCAGACAUUGACUGGUGGUCCAAGUACUACGCCUCUAUCGGGGAGGUGGAGAAGUGUAGGAGGUACCUCGACAUGGGCCUGGAUACCAUCAAGGUGUAUGAUUGUGAGCUGGAGAAGUCUGAGGGAUAUGGAGAGUUCCUGGACUUCUGUGAGACCUUCGACCUGGAGAGGGGCAAAGAUGACAAUGAUGAGGAGUCCAACAUCAUUGGACAGUUCAAGGGCCUGUUUAAGGUGUACCCACUGCCCUCUGACCCCAGUGAGGAGCUGCCUAUGAGGGCCCUUGACAAUGUGCCCUCCACGGAGCCAGAGGAGUGCAUCAUCAGAGUCUACGUUAUCCGUGGAAUUGACCUCCAACCCAAUGACCCCACUGGACUGGCUGACCCGUAUAUAGAGAUCAAGCUUGGAAAGACCAAGGUGGACAGUAGAGAUGAGUACCUCCCUAACACGAUCCAACCUGUAUUUGGCAGGAUGUUUGAGAUUACCACAGUACUGCCACUGCACAAGGAUCUCAAAAUUCGGGUCAUGGACUGGGAUCUGGUGUCAAGUGAUGACCUCAUUGGAGAGACACUCAUUGACCUUGAAAAUCGCCUGCUGUCCAAGCACCGCGCUGCAUGUGGCAUACCCAAGUCUUACAUGAUUAACGGCCCAAAUAAGUGGCGUGACUCGCGCCUGCCCAAGGACCUACUCGACGACUACUGUAAGAAGCGGCACAUCACAGGACCUGUCUACUAUGGUAACAACAGUGCCAAGGUGGGCAGACGGGUCUACAAGCUCUCAGAGUUUGAGACUGGCAAGGUAUCCUCCUCUGAUCUGGGACCAGCUGACCAGAGGCUUGCCCUGCACAUCCUCAACACGUUUGAUGUCGUCAAGGAGCAUGUGGAGACUCGCGCCCUCUACAACCCCCUCCAGCCCGGCAUUGAACAGGGCAAGCUUCAGAUGUGGGUAGACGUGUUCCCCAAGUCACAGGGUGAGCCCGGCUCUCCAUUCAAUGUCAAGGCAAGGAAGCCCAAGGAGUAUGUGCUGCGAUGUGUGGUCUACAACACAGUGGACGUGAUACUGGAUGAGACGUCUAUCACUGGAGAGAAGAUGAGUGACAUCUACGUGUCUGGCUGGCUUCAGGGUCUCGAUGAGAAACAGAAGACGGAUAUUCACUACAGGUCUCUGAAUGGAGAAGGGAACUUCAACUGGCGCCUGGUGUACCCGUUUGACUAUGUGCCAGCUGAGAACUGUGUGGUCGUCAAAAAAAAGGAGAAGUUCUGGAGUCUAGAUGAGACAGAGCAAAGAAUCCCGCCGAUAUUCACUGUGCAGGUCUGGGACAAUGACAAGUUCUCCUUGGAUGACUUCCUUGGAACUAUUGAGAUGAAUCUGACCAGCAUGCCGAUGCCAGCCAAGCGUGCAGCAUCCUGUGACCUCACACAGAUACCGGACAUCAAUAUGGGCAACAUGGCUGUGAAGACCGUGUCCCUGUUUGAACAGAAGAGACUCCGGGGGUUCUGGCCUGUUUAUGAUGAGAAGGACGGACAAAGGGUGCUCACUGGCAAGGUGGAGAUGGAGCUGGAGUUAAUCACGAAGGAAGAGGCGGAUGUGAGGCCUGCAGGCAAGGCCCGAGAUGAGCCCAACAUGAACCCAGUACUAGACCCGCCCAACCGACCUGAGACGUCGUUCCUGUGGUUCACCUCCCCGUUUAAGACGCUGCGCUACAUCAUCUGGGCCAACUACAAGUGGUACUUCAUCAUCUUCCUGGUGGUGCUGCUCCUGCUGCUGCUGCUGUUCCUCUUCAUCUACUCCUUCCCUGGUAAUUUCUCUGCAUGGAUACUUGGUGGCAAAGGCUAAUAGAAGAUGGGCAGUGAAAAUAUGUGUGCAAGACUCAUGGUGCAUGAUGAUCAAACAAAGCAUGUGAACAACGAAACAUUUGUGCUAUAUUACGGUUGUCAUCAUAUUGCUAGCAUGUAACGAAAUGAAAAAAAUGGUUAAUCUGUUGUGUUGUGUAUUUUGUAUUUAAGUCAUUGACAAUUUUUAUGUAAAUUAGUAUUUUAGUUAACAAAUCUGUAUUGUUGGUUAACUGUUAGGUCACUCUAAUAUUUACUUAUAAAAAAUUUUUUUUAGUGCAAAAUGUACAGUGUGCAACGGACCUAUUUGUGAAUGAUAUGGGAAAGAUUUGUAAAUUAUUGCCCACACUAAAAUGACUCAUUGUCUAAGCGUGUAUGUUACAUUUACAGAACAAUGCAUGAAUAUAAUUUUUUUUUUUAAAGGUAUUGUCCAUAAAGUUUUUUUGUAAAUCUUUGUACAGCUAUGUAUUAAUAGAUGCAUUUACGUUUCUCUAUGCACAAAUUGUGAUGUUUUAUUAAUUUGAUCAUUAACGGCUUCUGUUAUGUGCUUAAUAGUCCGUGUAAGAACUGUUUUAAAAAAGUUCUGCCUCACUCUGUGAAAUCAGGGCUUCAUGGGGGUUUGGAAAGUGUCAUCUCACAAACUAAUCAGGGGCGUCACUUUCCACCCAAACUGGAACUCCCUAAAAAGACUCCAGUUUUACGAAAAAAAUACAAUGAAAGCUCUAAGUGCCUUCCCUGAAUAGCCUGUAUUGACGACACUUUGUGCACAUGCAUUACGUUCCUUUUUCCCAGAGCAAGGCUCAUAUAUAUGUCUUUAGGUCUGAACUUUGAGAUGAGAUGUGAGGCUCAUAUAUAUGUCUUUAGGUCUGAACUUUGAGAUGAGAUGGGAUGCUCAUAUAUAUGUCUUUAGGUCUGAACUUUGAGAUGAGAUGUGAGGCUCAUAUAUAUGUCUUUAGAUCUGAACUUUGAGAUGAGAUGUGAGGCUCAUAUAUAUGUCUUUAGGUCUGAACUUUGAGAUGAGAUGGGAGGCUCAUAUAUAUGUCUUUAGGUCUGAACUUUGAGAUGAGAUGGGAGGCUCAUAUAUAUGUCUUUAGGUCUGAACUUUGAGAUGAGAUGUGAGGCUCAUAUAUAUGUCUUUAGGUCUGAACUUUGAGAUGAGAUGCGAGGCUCAUAUAUAUGUCUUUAGAUCUGAACUUUGAGAUGAGAUGCGAGGCUCAUAUAUAUGUCUUUAGAUCUGAACUUUGAGAUGAGAUGCGAGGCUCAUAUAUAUGUCUUUAGGUCUGAACUUUGAGAUGAGAUGGGAUGCUCAUAUAUAUGUCUUUAGAUCUGAACUUUGAGAUGAGAUGCGGGGCUCAUAUAUAUGUCUUUAGAUCUGAACUUUGAGAUGAGAUGUGAGGCUCAUAUAUAUGUCUUUAGGUCUGAACUUUGAGAUGAGAUGGGAUGCUCAUAUAUAUGUCUUUAGAUCUGAACUUUGAGAUGAGAUGCGAGGCUCAUAUAUAUGUCUUUAGGUCUGAACUUUGAGAUGAGAUGGGAUGCUCAUAUAUAUGUCUUUAGAUCUGAACUUUGAGAUGAGAUGCGGGGCUCAUAUAUAUGUCUUUAGAUCUGAACUUUGGGAUGAGAUGUGAGGCUCAUAUAUAUGUCUUUAGGUAUGAACUUUGAGAUGAGAUGCGAGGCUCAUAUAUAUGUCUUUAGGUCAGAACUUUGAGAUGAGAUUCCUAUUUUGUUAACUGUAUACAAUGUCGCCAUCUAGGUGCAUAGUAUUACAAUAGUUGGAUGGAUAUUUUCAUUGGUUCUUGUUUCUCGUGUUUCAAAGUUCACUUUUGUUACUCAUUUACUCUAGUAGCCGCUGGUGGAAUUUUUUUCAUGUAUUUAGGCAAAGUAUUUAAUUGUGUUGAUAGUUCAAAGGACUUCUCAGGAUUUUGUUGUGACCAAAAUAUUGAAUCAAAUGCAUCAGUUUUUCUCCAAUUGUUUUAUUUCUUAUUUCAUGUUACAUUUUAUUAGUGCAUUAACACACAUUUUAAAGUGUUGAGCUGUAAUGUGCAUUCUCCUACUAGGUGUUUCAUCAACAUUUCAUACUUUGUAUCAGUUUGUUUUAUUUUACCGAAAAAACACACACACUUUUAUACACUUUAUUAUAAACAUACCUUUCCUUGUACAUGAUGUAUGAAGGCACACUUAAUUGUAAACAUGCCUUUCCUUGUACAUUAUGGCACACAUAAUUGUAAACAUGCCUUCCUUGUGCAUUAUGGCACACGUACUUGUAAACAUGCCUUUCCUUGUACAUCAUGGCACACGUAAUUGUAAACAUGCCUUUCCUUGUACAUUAUGGAACACUUACUUUGAACUAUCCUUUCAUAGUUGUACAUCAUGGCAUUAUCUUUACCAAUUCUUACAAUUCUUUGCAUGUGAUUGAACACACUGGUGUGUGUGUGUGUGAUAUUUUUUUUAAAGAUCUGAUAGAAUGACUGUUGUACCUUUUACAUCAAAGCUAUGCAAGACAAAUGUUUUGUACCUUUAGUGAGAUUCCUUUAUACAAGCAGAUACUGUAAAUAUUGAUAACAUAUUUUACAUGGUAUGAAAUGAGUUAAGAAAUUAUUAUUAAAACCAAUACAAAGGUUGUUUCACUGUUUAUGUAUAAGUUUUUUGUAUGUUUUACUUAUAACUAUAAUAACUCUGUUGUAGAUGUAUACUUAUUAAGAUGCAAAUAUUAGUGUGUUUUUACUAUAUAUUUUUUCUCAGUCAUUUUUAGGAAUCUUUCUUUCACAUGUUGCCAAAAUAAUUGCUUUUCCAGCCAUUCCCAAGGGAAUUUGUGUACACAUUGUGAAGAGCGUUUCUCAGAAAUAUAGCAAAUACUACUUUCUCUCAAACAAUUGAUGAACAAUUAAACCCACUAUAAUUAUAUUAUCAUAUAGUUAAUGAAAAAGUAAUUCUGCACUGUACACUUUUGUAUGAUGAACCUUGACAUGUAUAUUUAAGAAAAUAUAAACCAAUAAAUUAAUAACUUGUACAUUUCAUAUAAUCAUUUUAUUCCUUGCUGAACUAUAGAAUGUCAAUUACGACUCUUUAUUUUACUUUCAAAACAGUAAAAUAUCGAAACCGAAGUGUUUACUGUAAUUUAUGUUGUGGUCGUAAUUUUUGACUUAUUGUGGCUGUUUAUAAUGUUGAAGCCAAAUGAAUGUUAAAUCAAAACAGCUUUACUGAGAAACUUUUUAUUGGAAAGAGAAUUUGAUAUUGCUUUUGUAGCUGAUAUUACGUUUGGAUACAUAUGUUUGAUAACAAUCUUUAAUUUUGUUAAUUGUUAUAGCGCUUGCCUUUUAUAGCAAUAUACACGUUUAACUUCAUACUGACUGCAAUAUAUAUAAUAAUAUGGUUAUGGUAUUAAAAUUCGUUUAGAAGAUA